AUGAAACUAUUCUUCUCACGUGAUACAACAUUAGCCACGUUAUCAUCACACGACAUUUCGGUGUAUGCUGACACUCUGCGGUGUAAAGCAAGUAUUCCUCUCCACAUAUUUCCACACGAUGAAUAUUCUGCUAGACGCAUCUUGUACCAGCAUCUAUCGAGCGUAAUAAUCAAAGAGAAGAACAAUAAGCCUUUGGAAGUUGGAGGUCAAUAUGGAGACAUCUGGAGGGUGCUGGAACAACAGAUUGAUUUCCGGACGGAUUACUACAAGUCACGUGACGACAAUUUCGGAGUGAAAUUGGGCAACGGUUCCUGGACCGGAAUGAUGGGGUUGGUCGUGAGGGGUGAGGUGCACGUCAGCAGCUCGGCCUUCAUGUACAAUGCUCCUAGGAUGGAAGCUGUGGAUUACCUGGGCCCCAUGUCAACUGACAGAAUGGUCGUGUACGUGAGGAAGCCUGGCUCAACAGUUCUGGUAUGGAACAGCUUCCUCCUGCAUUUCAGUCCCGGCGUCUGGAUGUCACUGACUGUUUGCCUGCUCCUACUCUCAGCCGCGUCAAUGCUGCUUGACAGAACAAGGAUCCACAACAGGAAACAGGGCACCAGAGAAGGUCUUCUGCUGGAAUUCUCCCGGUCACUCUUCUCUGCCAUCACACCCUUCUGCUUGCAAGGGAGUAACUUGGCUAGAGCGGAGGUGUCAUGGCGUAUCACUCAUCUGACGAUGUACCUCGCAGCGAUUAUCAUGUUGGCCAGUUACUCAGCAUCUCUUGUGUCUCACAUCAUGACAAGAACUGACAAGUUACCUUUCAACACUUUUGAGGAGUUCCUGGAAGUUGGCACCUACACUUUAGGAGUGGGAAGACAUAGCGGCCACUAUACUCAUUUUGAAAUAUCACAUGACCCUGUGCUGAGAGCGGUAUACGACAAGCAUAUGGCUCCCUACAAGUCAGCACUGCCGAGCACGGGCUUGGAAGCGCUGAACCUGGUGUGCGUCCGCCCGAAUUACGCUGCCAUUGAGCUGAAGGAUGCUUUGCCAUAUUAUUCCAACAAGGUGGUCUGCAACCUCCAGGAAGUGCCUAACGCUUGUGUUGAAUUCAAAGGAUCUAUGAUCAUACAGAAGAAAAGUCCUUACUUGGGAAUCUUCAGGCGCACAGUCCACGAUAUGCAUCGGAGUGGAAUUCUUAACAUAAUUAACAAAAGAAACGUCAGAAAGAUGAUGGAAGAAAAACAAGUUGUCUUCAGAAGCGUAUCUCCCACACUAGUGACACCUAUAUUCGCCCUCCUAGCAACAGGAACUUUGACUGCCAUCUUGCUGCUGAAAGUUGAACUUAUUGUAUAUAGGAAAACUCUACGCGCUAACAAAUAGGCAAAUAAGAGCAACGUUAGAUUUUUAAUUGAAAAUGGACACUAUUGACGGAUAAUGAGAUUGGUAAUUAUUGAGUACUUUAUCCUAUGUCCUCUAUAUAAAAUAUCCGAUCAUGAUAGCUCAAACUGUAAAGAUUCCGAUCUGUAUUCUGGAGGUGUUCGAUUCGAAUCCCGGUCGAAAUACCGUCUAUCCUGACUGAGGAUUUUCGUAGUUUUUCUCAGUAAUCUACCAACA